CCUGGGUAAGAGGGAGGACGCAGCUACCAGAGAAGAGUCUGAGAGAGAGAGAGAGAAAGAGGGAGCGAAGAUGGGGGGAGGAAUGGAAGCGCACAAGAACAAGUUCAUAGAAGAUUGGGGCUCGGCGCGGGAGACCCUGGAGCACAACUUCCGGUGGACUCGCCGGAACUUCGCCCUCGUCGGCAUCUUCGGCGUCGCCAUCCCCCUCCUCGUCUACAAGGGCAUCGUCCGCGAAUUCCAUAUGCAGGAUGAGGAUAAUGGAAGGCCAUACAGGAAGUUCCUCUAACUGGUUUCAAAGUGAAACGACAUAAUAAUUCACUGUGGAUGUACUUGAACCACAUAAUUCGGAUCAAGUUUUUCUUGUGAAAUCUCUUUGCUGUGUCUUUUCAGUAUUUUGAUGUGCGGCAGCUCAAUGCUUAUGGUUGAACUCUGAUUCUUCCCAUUUUUGUGCUUUUUCAACUCUCUCUUUCUCCUGCUC